GGAAGGAUUUUGCAACUUUUUAUUUUCUUCCCAGUUUCAGAGUUUAUACAAAUAAGGUAAAAUUCGCAGAAACAGAAAAUCAAAAAUCAAUUAAAAUAAUAAACCGAGGAAGUAAAAAAGAUUUCCGAAAGGUAAAGUGUACUGCUGUAAAGUAGGUAAAUAGAGGUACAGGUCAAGGGGUAGUUUCGGUAUUUCAUCUCUUUCUUCUUCAUUUUUUUUUUUUUUUUGGUUUCUCACAUUCCAAAGUCCCCAUUGGACUUAUUGAGAAGAGUUUUUUUCGUUUUCUCUGCUUUCUCACUUUUUCCCGUUUCCUUUGGGAAUACAAACGGCGGCUUCUCAAAAGCCUCCGAUUUCGAUUUUUUUUUCUUUCUCUUUUUAGACUUUUUUUUUUUUUGUUCUUUCCUUUUUCUUCUUCUUCUUCUUCUCCGGCUUCUUCCGUCGGAACUAAAAAUCAGAGGUUUUUGUUUGUGCACUGUUUCAAUUGGAUCAUUCGAAAGUGAGAUUCUCUGUUCUACAAAACAAGAAUCUCUUCGACAUGGAAGACGAUUGCGAGGAGCUUCAGGUUCCCGUGGGAACUCUAACUUCGAUAGGUUUUAGCAUUUCAAAUAACACUGAUCGAGAUACAAUGUCUGUCAUAAAGGUUGAAGCACCGAAUCAGGUGACUGAUUCUCGGCUAGGGCUACCGAAUCCGGAUUCUAUCUGCAAAACCUGUGGCAGCAAAGAUCGAAAAGUUUGCGAAGGGCAUUUCGGGGUUAUAAACUUCCAGUACUCGAUAAUAAACCCGUAUUUCCUCAAGGAGAUAGCUGCGUUGUUAAACAAAAUCUGUCCGGGUUGUAAAUACAUUCGAAAAAAGCAGUUUCAGAUUACCGAAGACCAGCCUGAGAGAUGUAGAUAUUGCACUUCGAAUACCGGUUAUCCUCUAAUGAAGUUUAGAGUAACUACUAAAGAAGUCUUCAGGCGAUCCGGGAUCGUUGUUGAAGUAAACGAAGAGAGUCUGAUGAAACUCAAGAAACGGGGAGUGUUAGCAUUGCCUCCUGACUAUUGGAGUUUUGUGCCACAAGACUCCAAUAUCGACGAGAGCUGUUUGAAACCAACAAGGCGAAUACUAACGCAUGCACAGGUUUAUGCUCUGUUAUCUGGGAUUGAUCAGAGACUCAUCAAGAAGGAUAUCCCCAUGUUCGACUCUCUUGCUCUGACAUCUUUUCCUGUUACACCAAACGGUUACCGUGUAACCGAAAUAGUUCAUCAGUUCAACGGAGCUCGACUAGUAUUUGAUGAACGGACUCGGAUAUACAGGAAACUAGUCGGCUUUGAGGGUAACACGCUUGAAUUGAGUUCUCGCGUGAUUGAAUGCAUGCAAUAUUCCAGACUCUUUUCGGAAAAUGUGUCUUCGAGUCAAGAUUCCGCAAAUCCAUACCAAAAGAAGUCUGAUACACCAAAACUGUGCGGUCUAAGGUUCAUGAAGGACGUGCUGCUCGGUAAAAGAAGCGAUCAUACAUUCCGGACAGUAGUUGUUGGUGAUCCGUCCUUGAAGCUUCAUGAGAUUGGCAUACCCGAGCGUAUCGCAAAAAGGCUUCAAGUAUCAGAGCAUCUCAACAACUGGAACAACGAACGGCUAGUCACUUUCUGUUCCCCCAACCUGUUUGAUAAUAAAGAGGUGCAUGUGAGAAGAGGAGAUAGAUUGGUGGCUAUUCGAGUCAGUGACCUCCAAACCGGAGACAAAAUAUUCCGGAAUUUAAUGGAUGGAGACACAGUGCUGAUGAACAGACCGCCUUCGAUUCAUCAGCAUUCGCUUAUUGCAAUGACAGUUAGAGUCCUCCCAACGACUUCUGUUGUCUCCUUGAAUCCGAUCUGCUGUUUGCCGUUUCGUGGUGAUUUUGAUGGAGAUUGUCUUCACGGUUACGUUCCUCAGUCCAUUCAAGCAAAGGUCGAGCUUGAUGAGCUUGUUGCUUUGGAUAAGCAGCUUAUCAACCGACAGAAUGGUCGGAACUUGCUUUCCUUAGGACAAGAUAGCUUGACGGCGGCUUAUCUGGUCAAUGUCGAGAAGAACUGUUAUCUGAAUCGAGCUCAGAUGCAGCAGCUUCAAAUGUACUGCCCAUUUCAGCUUCCUCCGCCUGCGAUUAUCAAAGCUUCUCCUUCGAGCACUGAGCCUCAAUGGACGGGAAUGCAGCUAUUCGGGAUGCUGUUUCCUCCCGGGUUUGACUACACUUACCCUCUGAAUGAUGUGGUUGUGAGUAACGGAGAACUUUUGUCUUUCUCUGAAGGAUCUGCUUGGCUCCGAGAUGGAGAAGGUAAUUUCAUCCAGGGAUUGAUCAAACACGACAAAAGGAAAGUUCUUGAUAUCAUCUAUUCCGCUCAAGAAAUGCUAUCUCAGUGGUUGCUGAUGCGCGGAUUGAGUGUUUCCUUGGCGGAUUUGUACCUUUCCUCUGAUCCGCAGUCUCGUAAAAACUUGACUGAAGAGAUAUCAUACGGAUUACGGGAAGCUGAGCAAGUCUGCAACAAGCAACAGCUAAUGGUUGAAUCUUGGAGAGAUUUCCUUGCAGUUAAUGGGGAGGAUGAGGGAGAGGAUUCAGUUGCGAGGGAUUUGGCCCGGUUCUGCUAUGAGAGGCAAAAAUCCGCUACAUUAAGUAAAAUUGCAGUUAGUGCUUUUAAGGAUGCUUACAGAGAUGUUCAGGCACUAGCAUAUAGGUAUGGCGAGCAAUCCAACUCUUUUUUGAUCAUGUCAAAAGCCGGUAGUAAAGGGAAUAUCGGGAAGCUGGUUCAACACAGCAUGUGUAUCGGUCUGCAGAAUUCGGCAGUUUCUUUGUCCUAUGGGUUUCCGCGUGAGCUGACUUGCGCUUCUUGGAAUGACCCGAACAGUCCACUUCGUGGCGCAAAGGGAGAAGACAGUACUGCUACUGAGUCAUAUGUUCCUUAUGGAGUCAUUGAGAACUCGUUUCUAACGGGUCUGAAUCCGUUGGAAUCUUUUGUUCAUUCAGUUACAAGUCGUGACAGCUCAUUCAGUGGUAAUGCUGAUCUCCCCGGGACACUGAGCAGAAGAUUAAUGUUCUUCAUGCGGGACAUAUACGCUGCUUAUGAUGGCACAGUGAGAAAUUCUUUCGGAAACCAGUUAGUCCAGUUUACUUAUGAGACUGAUGGUCCCGUUGAAGAUAUCACCGGUGAAGCACUUGGCUCACUUUCUGCUUGUGCAUUAUCUGAGGCAGCUUACAGCGCGCUAGACCAGCCAAUAAGCCUUCUGGAAACUUCUCCGCUUCUGAAUCUUAAGAAUGUUUUGGAGUGUGGAUCGAAGAAAGGUCAAAGAGAACAGACUAUGACUUUGUAUUUGUCUGAAACCCUUUCAAAGAAAAAGCACGGGUUCGAAUACGGGUCACUGGAGAUCAAGAACCACUUGGAGAAACUGAGUUUCUCAGAGAUCGUUUCAACAUCUAUGAUAAUAUUCUCUCCAAGUACUAACACGAAAGUACCGUUAAGCCCGUGGGUUUGCCAUUUUCAUAUCUCUGAGAAAGUACUGAAGCGGAAACAACUCAACGUAGAAUCCGUGGUUUCUUCAUUAAACGAGCAGUACAAGAGCAGGAACAGAGAACUGAAGCUUGAUAUAGUUGAUUUAGAUAUACAAAGCACAAACCACUGCUCUUCAGACGAUAAGGCAAUGAAGGAUGAUAGCUUUUGCAUCACGGUGACUGUAAUCGAAGCAUCAAAGCACUCGGUUUUGGAACUGGAUGCUAUUCGUCUCGUUUUGAUCCCUUUUCUUCUUGACUCUCCUGUCAAAGGUUCUCAAGAGAUUAAAAAGGUGGAUAUCUUAUGGACAGACCGACCAAAAGCGCCAAAAAGGAACGGGGACCAUUUGGCGGGUGAGCUGUACUUAAGGGUUACAAUGUAUGGAGAUCGAGGAAAAAGAAACUGUUGGACCGCUCUUUUAGAAACCUGUCUUCCCAUUAUGGAUAUGAUUGACUGGAGCCGAAGCCAUCCUGAUAAUAUCCGACAAUGCUGCUCGGUUUAUGGAAUAGACGCUGGACGGAGCAUUUUCGUAGCAAAUUUGGAGUCCGCGGUGUCGGAUACCGGUAAGACGAUACUAAAAGAGCAUCUGCUUCUCGUAGCUGACAGUCUCUCUGUUACCGGAGAAUUUGUGGCAUUAAACGCUAAAGGUUGGAGUAAACAAAGACAGGUCGAGUCCACGCCUGCACCUUUUACUCAAGCAUGCUUUUCGAGCCCAAGUCAAUGCUUUCUCAAAGCUGCUAAGGAAGGUGUUAGAGACGAUCUUCAAGGGUCUAUCGACGCGCUAGCUUGGGGAAAAGUUCCUGGUUUUGGAACUGGAGAUCAAUUCGAAAUCAUUAUUUCUCCUAAGGUUCACGGGUUUACUACACCGGUAAAUGUGUAUGACCUUCUGAGUAGUACACCUCCAAAGACAAACUCUGCGCCUAAAUCAGACAAAGUCACGGUCCAGCCAUUCGACUUGCUAGGUACCGCAUUCCUGAAAGGUAUCAAGGUACUAGAUGGGAAAGGGAUUUCUAUGUCACGGCUUAGAACGAUCUUUACAUGGGAAAACAUCGAGAAGCUUUCCCAGUCACUGAAACGCAUACUCACCAGUUACGAGAUCAAUGAUCCAUUGAAUGGGAGGGACGAAGAACUUGUGAUGAUGGUUCUGCACUUGCACCCCAACAGUGCUGAUAAAAUUGGACCAGGCCUUAAAGGAAUCCGGGUCGCUAAAUCGAAGCACGGAGAUUCCCGUUGCUUUGAGGUUGUAAGAAUAGACGGGACAUUCGAAGACUUUUCGUACCACAAGUGUGUCUUGGGAGCAACAAAGAUCAUUGCCCCAAAGAAAGUGAACUUAUACAAGUCAAAGUAUCUUAAAAAUGGUACACACCAGCCCGGUAGGCUCUCCGAAAACCCGCAAACAGUCAAGUAAAAGGAAGAAAAGGACUGUCUUUCCUGCGAUAUAAUAUCGAACAAUGUAGGAAGUUGUGUGUAUUUCUGUUCAAAAAAGUGAUUAGAUAGAUAUAGGGGAAAAGCCUUUUGGCUUUGCUCUAAGCUUCUUUUUGCUCCUUUCACUAUGUAAUACCUUUUGCCUUCAACCUAAAGGCUUAAAGGUUAAUUACUUAGUGGAAGCAGCAACGAGAAGCUGGCAAAGGAGGCUUCUGUUCUGUUUCUGUUUCUGUUUGUAGACUAUGAAAUAUCCGGUUUGACUAUGAUAUAUCCGGUUAUGUUUCUGUUCUA